AUGGCAUUGAAGAGGAUCAAGAAGGAGUUGGAGGACCUUAAGAGGGACCCCCCGGCCCAGUGCUCGGCCGGUCCGGUGGGCGACGACCUGUUCCACUGGCAGGCGACCAUUAUGGGCCCCCCCGACUCGCCCUACCAAGGGGGUGUCUUCUUUCUCACCAUCCACUUCCCCACCGACUACCCCUUCAAGCCGCCCAAAGUGGCCUUCACUACACGCAUAUACCACCCAAACAUCAACAGCAACGGCAGUAUAUGUUUGGAUAUCCUGCGGAGUCAGUGGUCGCCGGCGCUCACGAUCAGCAAAGUCUUGCUGUCCAUCUGUUCACUGCUCUGCGAUCCUAAUCCGGACGACCCGCUCGUGCCAGAGAUCGCCCGCAUCUAUAAGACGGACCGCGAGAAGUAUAACGAGUUGGCGAGAGAGUGGACCCGCAAGUACGCCAUGUGA